AUGACCCUGCAACCAUUAACUCCAGUGAACUGUGCAGGCCUUCUACAGCCUGGCUUCUCUCUGCUGCGCCUGGAUGGUGAACUUCUUCUGUUUGGCCAGAAAGGUUGGCCAAAGCGCUCAUGUCCUACGGGAGUGUUUGGCGUUCGGUUUAAAUCUGGUGAGAUGAAGUUAAGGGCCAUCUCUUUCUCCAAUGACUCAUGCUACCUUCCUCCAUUACGCUGCCCAGCUGUUUGCCGCCUGGACCCCUAUGACGGGCUUCCAGAGAGUUAUCUCAUCCACGGUGGCCGCACUCCAAAUAACGAGAUCUCGUCGAGCCUGUACCUGCUGACCAUGGAUAGCCGUGGCUGCAAUCGUAAACUGACCCUGUGUUGCAAAGAGAAAGACCUGGUGGGAGAAUUGCCAGGGGCCAGAUAUGGCCACACAAUGAGUGUGAUUCAGAGCCGUGGGAAAACAGCUUGUGUAUUGUUUGGGGGUAGAUCCUACAUGCCUGCAGGAGAGCGGAGCACAGAGACCUGGAACAGCGUUGUCGACUGUCCUCCUCAGGUGUUCCUGUUUGACUUGGAGUUUGGUUGCUCCUCCGCUCACACUUUACCUGAGCUUAGCAAUGGACAGUCUUUCCAUUUGGCCCUUGCCAGAGAGGACUGUGUCUACUUCCUCGGGGGUCACUCAAUCACCUCUGACUCCCGCCCCCCUCGGCUCUUCCGCCUGCGUGUUGAGCUUCUGCAGGGCAGCCCCUUGCUUUCCUGUGAGACUCUUGAAACGGGCAUAUCCAUCUCUAGUGCCAUAAUCACCCGUACAGGUCCCACUCACAGAUAUAUCAUUUUAGGUGGGUAUCAGUCAGACUCUCAAAAGAGGACGGAGUGCAGCACUGUGAUUCUGAAUGAGAAAGGGAUCCACUUUGAGCCCUUAGAGUCACCUCAUUGGACCCCAGAUAUCAUCCAUAGUCACACUUGGUUUGGCGGCAGUGCUGGGGAGGGAAGCAUCCUACUUGCUGUACCUACUGAGGGAAGGUCAUCCCAAGCAGAUGUGCAUUACAUCUAUCAGGUGAGCUUCCAGACAGAGGGGAAGGAAGUACAAGGAGCCCAGGGCUGCAGCCAGGAGUCAACAGAUUACGAUGACUCCACUCCUCUCGAAGACUCUGAGGAGCUGUACUUCGGCCGUGAGCCGCAUGAGCUGGAGGACAGUAGUGAUGGAGAAGAUGAUAAUUACAACGAGGAGGACGAGGAAGACGAAUCAAAAACAGGAUACUGGAUGAAAUGCUGCCUGGGCUGUCAGGUGGACUCCAACAUAUGGGAGCCAUACUACUCCACGGAGCUCCACCGGCCAGCCAUGAUCUUCUGCUCGAGAGGGGAGGGGGGACACUGGGUCCAUGCCCAGUGCAUGGAGUUGUCUGAGACGCUGCUGCUCAAGCUCUCUCAUGGCAGCAAAAGGUACUUCUGCCUAGACCACGGAGGCCUGCCCUACCAGGAGAUGACCCCACCUCGACAGGUCAUGCCUCUGAAGCGUACCCCCAUGAAAGUUAAGGAAAGGAAAACUCCUCCGACAAUCAAGAUGUCCCCAGCCAAAAAAAGCUUUUUCAGAAGGCUUUUCGACUGA